AUGAUCCUAAAAAUGAAGAUUAGAUAUGUCUUGGUAAAUUUGCUUUAAAUAUAUUGUAGCCUGUGAUUCAACUUUUUUAAAUUGUUUUGGUCCAACAAAUUUAUAAUGUACUCAAUGUAAAGAUGAAAAUAUUUCAAACAGGAUUUUAAUUAAUAAUUCUUGUCCUUGUAAAAUUCGAUUUGGAGAUAUCGAAAUAAUAGAUUCGAAUUGUGGAAGUAUUAAUUAUAUAACAUUUUAGGAUGUCAUCGAAAAUGUUAAACAUUUUACUAAGCUGCUGAUUAGACUAACAAUUAAUAUUGUCUAACUUGCAUUCCAGGAUAAAAUAGUGUAGUUUCUAAUUAAUCCCAUUGCGAUUGCAUGGAAAAUUAUGGUGAAUUUAACGGUACCUCAGAAAUAUGCAUAAGUAUCUUACUAUAAAUUAUAUAUAGUGUGUAAUUAUACAUGUUGGAUCUGUAAUGACUUUGGGCCCACACAUUGUACAUUUUGUUUGGAACGAUCUCAUAGAUACUUGAAAACUUAAGGAGAAUGCUUAUGUAAAACCUUAUUUUUUUGAUGAUUAAACAAAUAAUAUACAGUGUUUAAGUAAUAAUAAAUAAAAUCUAAUUAAUAGGAUGCCAUUAUUCAUGUGUAUUAUGUUCAAACAGCAUUGAAAAGGAUACAUGUUUAUAAUGCCCUGAAACUAGGUAACCAAGUGAUCCAUAAGCCAUCUAAUGUGAAUGCGUAUGUUCAUCUUCAAACUAUUUUGAUGAUGGGUUCUCAUUGGAUUGUCAAUAAUGCGAUUGGACUUGUCAAACUUGCUAUGGUCCUUAUUCAUCUAAUUGUCUGACAUGCGAUUUAACGUAUAGACAAUUAGUUUAAUCUUCUUUUGUAUGUUCAAUUGGGUAUUAUGAGAUUGGAUAAUUAGAAUGUGCAAGUAGUUAUAAUAAAUAUCAAAAGAAUGCUACUAUUCUUGUUAAUAAUGUUUCGAUAAUGCUGAAGAAGAUUGUAUUGUUUGUUCUUUAGACCUUCAUUUUAGGCAGUUAAAAGGUAAUACUUGUAAAUGCAUUGAUGGAUAUCAGGAACAACCAGGACUUGCUUAGUGUAAAAGUAAUUAUUUAUUAUUUAUGGUCUAUUAGAAUGUUCAUACAAAGCUUGUUCUGGCUUGGAUGAAAAUAAUUGUUUCACUUGUGAUUUUUUGCAAAUAGAGAAUUAAAAGAAAAUGAAUGCAAAUGUUAAUUACAUUAUUUUGAAUUGGAAGUUUAGGAAUGCACAAGUAAUUUUAGAUGUAGAUUCUAUUUUGUAGUGCAUUCUGUUAUAAACAGUUUUGAUAAUUGUACUUCAUGCAACAAUGAUAGAUAUUUAGUUGGAAGUACAUGUAGAUGCAUUACUAAAUUUGAUGGAGCUGCAAUAAGUACAUUUGAUUAUAAUGGAUUGGUUGAAUGUUAAAGUAUAUAAUAAAACUAAUCUUUAGAAUGUCAUCAUUCAUGUGGAACAUGUGCAGGAAUAGAUGAAGGAAAUUGCCUCACUUGCAUAGAUUCUGAUAAUAGAUACUAAGUAGGAAAUACAUGUAUUUGUAAAGAAGGACAUUUUGAUGCAGGAUUACCUGUUUGUUAAAGUAUUAAGAGAUUUUAAUCAAUAGNAUAAUAAAUAAAAUUUGAUGUUGCAAACCAAAAUUAUUUUCAUUAUUAUACAAUAUGCACUUUAUGCUAUCCAGGAUUCUAUUAUGAAAAUUUAAGUAAAGGAUGCAUAAGUUAUAUUUUUUUAAUUUAUCUAGCACCUGAUAAUUUGCAUCCUAAUUGUGUCCUUUCUAAUUAAUCAGGAAUAAAGUGUUUUGCUUGUAAGGCAUGGUACGCUCUACAAUAAGACGGCACAUGCUAACCUAUUUAAUGCGAUUAGUAAUGUUAAACUUGUUUGGAUACUAAUACAAGUUUUUGUACAACUUGUGAUAUCAGUCUAAAUAGAAUAAUGGAUAAUGGUAUUGUCAUUAUUAAUCAUUAAAAUUUUAUAAAUUUUAACCAAAAAUAUUAAACAACAAACUUGCAGAUGCUUACCGAACUUUGGUUUGAAAGAAAGAAAUUGUAUACCUUGUACGGAGGGUUGCUGUUAAGAAUGUGAAUAAACAGAUUUCUAUAAAUGUAAAUCAUGCAAAACAUGAUCUAAUAGAGUACUAGUGAAUUAAGAUUGCAUUUGUCAACCAAGUUCGUAUGAUCCUAAAAAUGAAGAUUAGAUAUGUCUUGGUAAAUUUGCUUUAAAUAUAUUGUAGCCUGUGAUUCAACUUUUUUAAAUUGUUUUGGUCCAACAAAUUUAUAAUGUACUCAAUGUAAAGAUGAAAAUAUUUCAAACAGGAUUUUAAUUAAUAAUUCUUGUCCUUGUAAAAUUCGAUUUGGAGAUAUCGAAAUAAUAGAUUCGAAUUGUGGAAGUAUUAAUUAUAUAACAUUUUAGGAUGUCAUCGAAAAUGUUAAACAUUUUACUAAGCUGCUGAUUAGACUAACAAUUAAUAUUGUCUAACUUGCAUUCCAGGAUAAAAUAGUGUAGUUUCUAAUUAAUCCCAUUGCGAUUGCAUGGAAAAUUAUGGUGAAUUUAACGGUACCUCAGAAAUAUGCAUAAGUAUCUUACUAUAAAUUAUAUAUAGUGUGUAAUUAUACAUGUUGGAUCUGUAAUGACUUUGGGCCCACACAUUGUACAUUUUGUUUGGAACGAUCUCAUAGAUACUUGAAAACUUAAGGAGAAUGCUUAUGUAAAACCUUAUUUUUUUGA